GCGCUAGCAGAGGACCUGCGCAAGGCCAAACUCAAAACUCAGGAGCAGGCUUUCGUGAAGGAGCGCUUCGCAUCGUGCGCGUCCAGCCAGCACGAGGCGGCGGUCGGCUUUCAGGCCGCCUUGACCGCCAGUGACCAACACAGCCUGGAUCUUGAGCGUCGCUUUGCCAUCGCCAAGGAGCAGUAUCGCAAGGCGCAGGCACGAGCCCGUGAGAUGUGCCGGCUGCUUGAGGAGAGCGGCCCAAAGCGAUUGCGAGAGCUGUUGCCGGAGCCCCGGCCCGAGGUCUCCGUGCGUGCAGGCCGUGAGGCUUCUGGCCGGGAGGGCCCAGCCAGUGCCGGAGAAACAGAGGCGGUGAUCCUGGAGGCAAGCUCGUCGCAGAAGGCCGCCAUGCUGGAGCUCAAGGAGCUUCAUCACCGGCAGCGAUGUUGCUUGGUGGGAUUGGGUGAGCAGUUGCAAGGGCCCCACCGCAGUGCCACGCACGAUGCACUGCAAGAACUGUCAGUAAAGGCCAAAGACAGCCUAGUGGAUGGAGUCAAAGAUGCCCAGACCACGCUAGGAGCCCUAGAGGCUGCCUUGAAGUCUGCAGCUGAGACUGCCUCCAGUGGCUCUACCUCCCUUAGCCAGGAGGCAAAGGUCGCAGAGGCAGACUUUGCGGACCGUGCCGAAGCCCUGCGCCUAAGCUUCGGCUCCCAGCGCCAAGCCCUUGCAGAUGCUGCCAAGAGGACCUCCGCAGCCCUCGCAGCCGCUUCUGAGGCUGUCACGGAGCUCUCGAGCCUUUCGGACUCUUCCCUGGCUGGGGCUGAGGAGGCGGUGAUGAGCCUCAGGGCUGCUCAUGCAGAGAUGCUCCAGAAGCUCUGCGAGAAAGCGAAGGAGAGUGCAGACUCCGUGAAGGCAGAGACCUCAGUGGGAGCACAGGCGCUCGAAGCACAUCAGACGCAAUCGGCUGCAGCUUUGAAGGCAGCGCAGCAACGCUGGGACUCCAUUGUGGAAGUUCAGAGCAGGUGUGUGGAGGACGAGGAUAAGAUGAUCAAGACUGCCAAUGAGGCAUCAGCCAGCAUUGAGGAGGAGGCGGAUCGGCAUCUCGAAGCCAACACGAAGGACUUGGAGAGCCUGCAAGGCCGCGCCCUGAGCGGCGUGCGUGCCAUGCGCUCGGGGGCUGCCACAGCUCUCGAAGAGCAACGCGCAACCGUUCACCGCUUCGUCGAGUCGUCUGAGGCUGGCAUUCUUGCAGAGGAGGUUCCCGCAAGGCCCGAAGCCGAUACUGCGGAAGCUGAUCCCGUACCAAGCGAGGCAGCAAUCCUGGCAGAGUUCCAGAAAACCUGCCUUGUCAAGACUGUUGGCAGCAGCAAUGCACAGCUGAUUCAGUCAGUAGCAAUUGCUCUACGCAGCAGCAAGCAAGCCACAAUGGACGCAGCAGAGGUUGCUAACAUCGAGAUGGCGCUGCGCAGCCUUGACGUGCCGCUGGAGGAGCGGCCUGUGUGGGGCGGCCAAAAGACUCGCGGUCUCUUCCUGGUUUUCGAAGGCCUGGAUCGGAGUGGCAAGUCCACGCAGAGUAAGAAGAUCGCCUCGCACCUGGAAAAGGCUGGCCCCGUAAAGUGGAUGUGCUUCCCCAACCGGAAGACGCCCAUCGGCAACGCCAUUGACCUGUACCUGCGCAGGCAGCUGGAACUGCCAGAUGAGGCUGUGCAUCGGCUCUUCAGCGCAAACCGCUGGGAGAUGGCGCAGACCAUCGUUGAGGACCUUCGUGCGGGGACCACAAUCGUCUGUGACCGCUACGCCUUUUCCGGCGUGGCGUACUCUGCGGCAAAAGGCCUGGACUUCGCGUGGUGCCAGGCCCCAGACAGGGGAUUACCAUGCCCAGACGGGGUCUUCUUCAUGCACAUCGACGAGAAGGUUGGUGCAGCUCGGUCGAACUUCGGCGACGAGCGCUACGAGAAUGCGGCGAUGCAGGCCAGGGUCCGCGCCCAGUUCAAAGACCGACGCCUCCGUGACAGCGUCAACUGGCGCGAUGUGGACGGUGCCCGUGACAUCGAGGUGAUCCAUGCGGAGAUCCGAAGCGCGGUGGAGUCUAUCCGACUGGAAGAUCAG